ACAAAACAAGAUAAACAAUUAUAUACAGCUUUUUGCAUGCCGUCCAACAUAAGAACAUAGCACUAGGCACUCGAUAAUUUUGGGAACGUUCUCAUUAAUGCCACAUUCAUGCAAAAUAAAAAGCAGUCAAGCUAGGUGACUCUUGUAUCUACUAAAAGGGUCCAACAGAAUCUAACGGGCCCAGAACACUGAUGGGGUCCACUCUCACAUGGUAGUCAGGCAGUCCCUAGUCUUAACGUGAGAGAUCUAAUCUUAACCCACCCACCGGAGACGCGAAACUUCCCCGGCUAACUCAAUCUCGUCUGCUUUGCCGGUCAUGCUGCUCCUUCCUCUCUCAUCUUGGCCACGUUAAUCUCUCCUUCUUUCCCGAAAUACCCUCCACUCGAGGGUCCGUUCUGUAAAAUCAUUUGGCAAACAAUAAAUAAAACCAAACGUGAGCUGUCAUGUUCCAUUGUGAUUACUACAAGACAAAUCUGACGUGGACUCAAAGAUUCUCGAGGCUAGUUGUCUUCCUCUUCCUCGCUAUUCAUAUAUAAAAACUCGUCCCAAGGUCGUCUCUUUCACAAAUACAACAUCAAACUAUCCUAUCUUCUCUUACAAAACCUCAAACUCGAGAGUCAACUAAUAGAGUUGUUGUUUUUUCGAAAGACGUAAACAAAAAAUGGGAGCGUGCGUUUCACGUGAAAGUAUGAGGGGAGAUUCGGCGAAGCUGAUACUGCUCGACGGGACUUUACAAGAGUUCUCAACUCCGGUCAAAGUCUGGCAGAUCUUGCAGAAAUACCCGUCGAGUUUUGUCUGCAACUCAGACGAAAUGGACUUCGACGACGCCGUUUCAGCCGUCUCCGGCGACGAGGAGCUACGAUCUGGACAGCUUUACUUCGUUUUACCGCUGACGUGGCUCAAUCAUCCGCUAAGGGCGGAGGAAAUGGCAGCUUUGGCUGUUAAAGCGAGCUCGGCGCUGACCAAGAGCGGGGGAGUCGGUUGGGUUGCCGGCGACCGCGAUAACUCGAAAAACAUCGUCGGAGUGAAGACAAACGUACGUGGCGGAAGGUUUACGAGGAACUUAAGCACGAUCGCCGAGUAGGGUCAAAUUAGUCUUUUGAAAGACGUAUAAAGUUGUAAUUAGAGACGUUUGACUUUUUUCUUUUUACGGAGAAAAAAAAAACAAAUUUGCCAUUAGAUUUUGAGAAAUGGUAUAUUAAUCCAGUGUGAUGUGAUUCCAAUCUUCA